CGGAGGCAGCAAAGCAACCCCAAAACAUCAUUGAGCCUCCAUGUUUCACGGAACAUGAACCAGCAGCAGUGGCUUCUUCUGUUGGUGACAAUGUGCCUUGUGACUUGUCACGCGCAACAACUUUUUUCAGGAAAGAUUGGUCUGCCAGGAAAAGAUGACCUAAAAAUACCGACAGUUACAGGAUUGCCAGGUUCAGGGCUACCAGUUGUAAUAAAGGGCACUCUUGGAAAAGAUGGAAUUAUGGGAAGUAAUUGUCUUCCAGGUGUACAAGCAUUAGAAGAGAAAAGUCUAACUGGGCUGGCAACAUUGGUUCUGAAAUUGCAACUUCAGCAAUUGGAACUCAGAAAUCAAAUCAGCAGAUUGGAAAGAGCUCUCCUUCUGAAAGAAAUUAUUCAAAAAGUAGGGGGAAAGAUACUGGCCACCAAUGGAAAAGAAGUUGAUUUUACCACUGCCAAAACCACCUGUGAAUCAGUUGGAGGACGAAUUGCCACUCCGGUUAAUGACAAAGAAAACAACGCCAUCCUAACGUUUGUGAAGGAGUUAAACAGAUACGCAUUUCUGGGCGUUAAAGAGGGUUUGUUGACUGGCAAAUUCAAUUACUUAGAUGGAACACCUGUAAAGUACACUAACUGGUCAAAAAAUGAACCCAAUGGUAAAGGGCAAGAACCGUGCGUAGAAAUGUACACUGAUGGCAAAUGGAAUGACAAAGGCUGCAACCAAAACCGUCUCACUAUUUGUGAAUUGUAAAUCUUUAUUGACAGAUUGUUGAUACUUAUCUGAUACACUGUAGCUGCUACUUAGUUCUAAAAAUGGUUUAAAGGAAUAGU